AUAUCAAAACCCCCCUUUCUUGUUCCUUUUGCUCUCAUUCUCUCACCUCUUCUCCGCCCAUUUUCUCUCUCAUCUCUGCAAAUCUGGAGAAUAAUCAAGCAACAAGGCGGUCGAAUCUCCGGUGAUUUUUAUCAACACCCAUCAAUUUCAGGUACUCCCCCCUAGAAAACCCUAAUUUUAGAUUUUCAUAUCUAAGCUCGUUUCAUCUUUAAUUCGAAUUGAAUUGAAACCACAAAUUGAAGUAAAAUCAUGGUUAGAGAGCAAAAGGUUGAGGCAUUUUACUCAAAAUUACGUGAUUCGGCUUUACAAGUGUCAAAUUAUUCCCCAGAAUUAUUUGAUUCUGCUGCAGCUUCAUCCCCUUUGUUAAUCUUCCCUUCCACUUCAGAUGUAGAUUCUCUAUGUGCGCUGAAAAUUGUUUUUCAUAUCCUUGAAUCGGAUUCUAUACAAUAUGCUUGUUACCCCGUUUCGUCGUUUGAAGAGAUUCAUAAGUAUUUGGAGCCUAGUUUGAGCUUAUCUCCUGAUAUGCCUCUCACAUUGCUGCUUAUAAAUUGGGGUUCUCAUAGGGAUUUGAGGAAGUUGUUGAGUUUGUCUGAAACGAUGCGUGUUUUUGUUGUUGAUAGCCAUCGUCCUAUUCAUUUGCAUAACUUGAGUGAUGGGAAUGAUAAGGUGGUUGUCCUUUAUACUAAGGAUGAUGAAGAACAAGCUGAUUUGACCUAUGAUUUCGAUAUUUGGCAGUUGGCUAAUGUCAGUGAUUUGAAUAGUGAUGAUGAAGGUGGAAAUGAGAGUGAUGAUGAUGAGAGUGAGAAUGAUAGUGACAGUGAUGAGGAGGAAAGAGAAGAAGAUGGUGAUGGUCUGAAUAGGAAGAAGAGGAGGGUUUCAGAUGAGGGAGAAGCUGACCCAGAUAAGCUUUUUAGGAGGUUGAAGAAACAGUAUUAUCAAAUGGGUACUUUUCAUGGUAAACCAUCUGGGUGUUUGAUGUAUGAUUUGUCACAUUCGUUGAGGAAAAACACAAAUGAACAGCUAUGGUUAGCUUGUGUGUCGAUAACUGAUCAACUCGUACAUGAGAGGUUAACCAAUGAGAGGUACCAAGCUGGGGUUAUGGAGCUUGAACAGCAUAUCAAUGGUCUUGGUAAUUUAGAUGCUGUUACCUCAGUAACUCUGAAAGACGGGACUAAAAUUCGCGCACCUGAAUCUUCUAGGAUUGCGUAUGAGGAUGAACCGAGGUUGAUGCUGUUAAGGGAGUGGAAUUUGUUUGAUUCAAUGCUGUGUUCUUCUUACAUAGCGACAAAGAUGAAGACUUGGAGUGAUAAUGGGAUGAAGAAGCUUAAACUUCUGUUGGCUAGGAUGGGAUUUGCACUUAUUGACUGCCAACAGAAGUUCCAGUACAUGAAUAUUGAUGUUAAGAGGAAAAUGAAGGAUGAAUUUGAGAGGUUCCUGCCAGAAUAUGGGCUCAAUGAUUUCUACUACAGAAGCUUUAUGCGGCUUCAUGGGUAUAGCUCAAGAGUUUCAGCUGCAGAUGUUGUAUAUGGGGUCACUGCCCUUUUGGAGUCGUUUGAUGGUUCUAAUUCAAAAAAGUUAGGGUUUGGGGUAGCCUAUGAUGCAUUGUCAUUGAACAACUUAGAUCAGUUGAGGAUUGGAAUGCAGAACGCAAUAAAGGUACAACGAGCCAUUCUUAGACAAGGAAGCACGGCUAUAACCAAAAGGGGUUCAAUAAGAAGUGGAAGGAAAUUCAGGUGGGUUAAACUCGAAGAUUCAGUAGACACAAAGCUAUUAGGGUAUCCUCAAGCAUUGACUAAAUUCUGCUAUUUUGUGAUGGAUGCAUUGAGAGAGAAAGGUGCAAGAAUGAAGCCUUUGUUGUGUGCUUGUUGUUUAACACAGGAACAAGAUAAAGUGUUGAUUGUUGGUGUUACAGGGAAGCCUCGACUUGGUGCAGUACAAGGUAAUGCAUUUGGUAUGGCUUUCAAGAAUGCAGCACAGGAGAUUGGUGCUGAAUUCUUCCACGAGCUUUUCGAAUCAUCGUGGAUAAUCUUAGAUAAGGUUGCUGUCAAUUCUUUCAUGGUCAGGUUAACUGAAAAACUAUAGUAUAAUUGUUGGAAUUUCUUUUUCCUCAUAUAUUGUACUGUACUGUACUACUAGUGAUUUACAAUGAAUGGGAAUUUCUUUUUAUUGGCUAUAUAUGUAAACAUGAAUUGAGUCAAGCGGCUAAAUGUUAUAACUUAUAAGUGUGGUUGGUGUCCGAAUCUA